UUAUUUUUGCUUACAGGAGUAUUAAAAAUACAGUUGUCUGAUGAUUAUCUUUCACAGUAAUAACGUACAUUAUAUUCCGCGUCUCCAAAUCUUUUGUUUCUCAAAUUGUCCUUGUUCAUUUCAACUUAAUUAUUUUCAUUGUUGGAAAGUUUCGAUUGAUCAAUAUUUAUUUUCAUAACUACUUUCCAUUCGUUUUCGUUUGGGUUCUCUAAAAACAAGUUUCUAAAGUGGUAAAAAAGGAAAUUGUACGGGAUAUUCUAUUACCAUUAAUAAAUUUCCUCAUAUAACCCCCAAAAUAAUAUUCAUGCAAUCACGCCAUAAUUUCAGAAAUGAUUCGUUACUCUCCAAAUAUAUAUUCAUCCUCCAUUUCAUAACUCUCUCUUUUUCCUCCUCUUUUCAUCAUCAUCAAGAAAAACCACAACACACAUGGCCGACAAUAACACUCAACCAUGGCCAAGAAACAAAAACAUACGUCCAUCGGUUGAUAGCAACGACACCAUCCAACGAUCUCCGAGAAGCUCUGGUGGAUUCACAACGGACAAAGACAUAGGCAGCCGCAGACCACCAAGGCAUCACCAAUCUGUAGACAGUGUCGAUAGCACUUCGAGCCUAUACUCUAUCGACUCUCGAAGAUCAAAGCCACCACCACCAGGGACUUACCACGUUCAACUCCCCAAAGAGCAAAUCUACCGUGUCCCCCCGCCGGAGAACGCUCACCGCUACGAGUACCUCUCUCGCCAGAAACACAACCGAUCAGCUUGCCGCCGAUGCUGCUGUUACUCCUUCGCUACGCUGCUCGUUCUCCUCUUGCUCGCAGCACUCGUCGUGGGGGUCUUUUUUCUAGUUUGCCGGCCGCAUAAGCCGCGGUUCUCCGUGAGCGGAGUCUCCGUCGCCGGGAUCAAUCUGACGUCGCCGUCUCCGAUCUCUCCGGUGUUCAAUAUCAAGGUGAGGUGUAAGAACGUUAACGGUAAACUCGGUUUGAUCUACGAGAAAGGAAGCGCGGUUGAGAUUUUCCACGAGGGGAUCAAGCUAGGUGACGGCGAGUUCGCGGCGUUUGAGCAGCCGGCUGAAAAUGUUACGAUGACGGUGACGAAGUUAAGGGGGUCGAGGAUCCAGUUAAAGAGCUCGUCGCGCAAAGAUCUCGUUGAAUCGCAGAAGAGAAGAAAAGUGCUGUUUGACGUGAGAGUCAAGGCGCCGAUUAAGUUUAGGGUUGGUGUGGUUACCACGUGGACGAUGGGACUUACCGUGGACUGCAAGAUAACAGUGGAUAAACUGACGUCAUCAGCUACAGUGAUAACGGAAGAUUGUGUUACGCAAGACAUAAGCCUGCUGUGAUGUUGUUUCAGACUUUGGUUCGGUUCGAUUUAUUAUCAUUGUUAUAUUUUUUUUUAGUUUGUUUGAUUCAUUAUUGUGUUUCUGAAUAAGAUUGAAAUUUGAUUUGUUGGAAAUGAAAACGUUUUUUUUUUUGAAUAAUUUCGUCAAACGUAUCAGAAACCUAUCAAAAUAAUUCUUUUAUUUGCUUGUGAAGCCCAUAAUUGUUAGCAGAAACAACAUAUGCAAACACAAACUCUAUAAGUUAACAUGACACAAAUCUACAGAAAGUACUAUCUAAAUAAGUAAAUAAUAAUCUUAAGUUGAAACAAACAUCUCUUAUUGUAUCUACAGAGACUAAAAUCAACUCUCUUUUUGUGUUGUUAUACAAAAUUGAGUAAUUAGAAAAUAAAAUCACCAAGAAUCACAAUCCAUAUUAUUUAGCCGUAAUCUUAGCAAACAAGUCCUUACCUCACUGCAACCACUGCCCAGCUUCUUUCUUUCGUUUAACGCUUGUCUAAUUUGAAUGUUUUUUUUUUCUUUUUAAUUUAUUUUUUACGUAUGUGAACGCUGAUCUCUAAUUGACUUCUUCCUCACCACAUUUAGUUUACAUAGACAAAAUAUGAAAUUCGAGAACACCUUUAAUAAUUUCUUCAACG